AUGAAGGGUGCGGAGACUACUCAAUCAGAUGACUUGAUACGUGGUAAGUGCUUCAUGCAUGGAACUCCUUUGAAUGUGUUGUAUGACUCUAGUGCAACCCACUCUUUUAUUUCUGAUUCUUGUGUGAAACAAUUAGAUUUACCCACCUCCCUGAUGAAAUGUGAUAUUCUUGUUUCUACUCCUACCAAUAGUCCUAUAACUGCAAACCACAUUUGCUUGAAUUGCCCACUUCACAUUGACGGCCAAGUUUUCCUUGUCAAUUUCAUCUGUUUGCCUCUUUUUGAAAUAGAUAUUAGUUUAGGAAUGAAUUGGCUUUCAAUCAACCAUGUUUUAAUAGAUUGUCAAAAAAGAACCUUAAUCCUCAACCCUCCAAAUGACAAUGAGGUUGAGGGUAGAAAUCUAGAUGACUCGGAGAUCUCAAUUGUGAGUGUGACCAAGAAGGAUGUAAUUCAGAUGUUCAUGAUUCUCGCCUCUGAAAAUAACAAGGACAACCCUUCUCUGGAUAAAUUGCCAGUUGUUUGUUGUUUUCCUAACAUAUUUCCAGAUGAUAUUUUAGGAUUGCCUCCUAUAAGAGAAAUUGAAUUCUCUAUAGAUCUGAUGCCUGACACUGGUCCUAUCUUUAUGGCACCUUAUAGAAUGUCUCCUAUCAAACUUGUCGAGUUAAAGAAGCAAUUGGAGGAAUUAUUGUCAAAAUAA